AUGGGAUCACAUGACACCGAUGAUUUGAGUGUUGAUAGCUUUCAAUCGCAUGGGGAGCGAUCGAAAGCAUCUACCACUAUCGGCUCAAGUAGCGGUGGCGAUGCCAUGGAACAUGUGAAGCUUCUUCGAAAGGAUUCUUGGAUCCAGUCUCUUCGUUUCCUUUCUCUUUGCAUUCUAUUGGUCGUUGGCUAUGUCGUCGCAAUGACUGUCUACGUUAGUCUCAAGGCCUCAGAGUAUCGGGAGUUUGAGAAUCAAUUCGAAGCUCAGUCGGAGCAGAUUGGUGAAGGGUUGCAAGCGGAGCUUCAGAUCAAGUUGCAGGCUAUGGAAGCCCUUUCAGUUGCAGUCACAGCAUAUGCCGAGUCACAAUCAGGGCUCACUUGGCCCAAUGUGACACUUCCUCAAUUCUCAUACCGAUCUGAAAGUACGCUCACAAUUGGAGGAGGUAUCUUCGUUGGGCUCCAACCUCUUGUGCGCAGAGAGCAACAAGAGGCGUGGGAACAAUAUUCAGUGCAGAACCGAGGCUGGAAGGAAGAAUCAAUAGCCUUCCAGCAAAAACACAAAGCUCAGAAUGAUACUUUGAUUGAUGAAAGUCUCUACCCAAAAAACAUUUCAGAACGCAUCUUCCAUGUCAUCGAUGGAGUUCCAACUGCUAUCGAGGAAGACCUGAUGUUGCCAGUGUGGCAGUAUAGCCCCAUUCAUCCUGGAUCACCCUACGUCAACUAUGAUCAGUACGGAAAGGAGAGGAACAGAGGAGCCCUAAAUGAAGUUGUGGAAAAGAGAGCGGCUGUUCUGGGAAUGUUCUUUGAACUUUCGCAAUCGUCCAAUGGACACGAUGUAACCACUGACAGCGGUGAGGAACAUAUUGAAGGAGUGACGGAGUCGUCUCCAGCUGUCGACAUAUGGUAUCCAGUCUUUUCCGACACUACCGAUGACCGCUCAGAGGUCGCCGUUCUCAGCAUGACUACUCGCUGGGACUCUUUUCUCUUGCCAAGAUUGCCUGCCAACCCCAUUGGCCUCAUUGUUGUCCUAAGUAACGAGUGCGGCCAAGUUUGCACCUUCGACAUAACAGGUGAUGAAGUCACAUAUCUUGGAAACUUAGAUUCUCACGAGGAAGAAUAUGAAUACUACGAGAAAGAUUUCUAUUUUAUGGAUAUGGAAGAAGAGUCCAAGGUCUCAGAUGUGUCACUAUCUCCAUUCUGCAAAUACAAGUUGACUGUCUACCCAUCCACCAAGAUGCGCGACACCUAUGCUACCAACGAUCCUAACAAUUUCACUAUCGCCGUUGCUUCGAUCUUUAUCUUUACGAUUAUGGUAUUUGUUGCCUACGAUAACCUGAUCGAACGCCGCCAAACAUUCCUUGCGACUGCGGCUCAAAAGAGUAACGCGAUUGUCUCUGCUCUCUUUCCAAAGAUUGUUCAGGACAGAUUGUUCCAAAUUGAUGGUGGGGCUGGUUCUGGCAAAGCCGCUGCGAACAAUGCGAUGAAGACAUCGAACGACUCCGCAGCCGGAAAUUCCUCUGCACCUCCAAUUGCUGAUCUUUUUCCUAACACAACAGUCAUGUUUGGUGACAUCGCUGGUUUCACUGCAUGGAGUAGCUCGAGACAACCAUCGCAGGUCUUCAUUCUACUCGAGACACUUUACGGCAGCUUUGAUAAGAUUGCGAGAGAGCUGAAUGUGUUCAAGGUCGAAACGAUUGGAGACUGUUAUGUAGCAGUGACCGGUUUGCCAAACCCACAGGAAGACCAUCAUUUGCGCAUGGUGAAAUUCGCAAGAAGAGCACUCGAGAAAAUGAUGGUGCUCACACGAGAACUUGAGGUUACUCUUGGUCCUGACACCACCAACCUAGGCUUUCGCAUUGGACUCAACUCUGGUCCCGUCACCGCUGGUGUCUUGCGAGGCGAGCGUUCAAGAUUCCAAUUAUUUGGGGAUACAGUGAAUACGGCUGCGAGACUCGAAAGCACGGGGAAGACGAAUCAAAUUCAAGUGUCACAGGCCACCGCCAACCUCAUCAAUGCAUCAGGAAAAUCCCACUGGAUAAGGAAACGAGAAGAGAUGGUUGAAGCUAGAGGAAAAGGGCAGAUGCAAACAUAUUGGGUCAAACACAAGGCAUCGUCUGCUGAACGAUCUGAUAGCUUCACCGGAUCUCGUUCCGUAGAUAGUUCAGAGCGCAUUCAGGUGGGAAGCAAGACUGCGGGGGUUCGAAAGACUCUUAUCGAAUGGCAAAUUGAGCUGCUCUCAAGACUCUUGAAGCAAAUCAUCUAUCACCGAAAGACGAAAAGUGGAUCGAAGUCGGAAAACUUUGCCAGCAACGUUUACGGUAAAGGGCUGCCACGAGACGAGAUUGCAGAGAAGAUAUCAAUGCCAGCAUUUGCCCCCAAUUCUAGCAAACGAGAUAUCGACAUUGAUUCCAUCGAACUAUCGGCUGAAGUCGUACUUCAACUUGAGGACCUUGCUACCAGUAUUGCUCAGCUAUAUCAUGACAAUUCAUUUCACAACUAUGAGCAUGCAUGUCAUGUGACCAUGAGCGCCAACAAGCUGUUGCAACGAAUUGUGGUUCCCAAGUUCCAAGCGAGUACUGAAUUUUCGAAGAGAGCCCACGACUAUACGUAUGGUUUGACGUCUGAUCCUUUGACUCAAUUUGCAAUCAUUUUCUCUGCCAUUGUCCAUGAUAUUGAUCACCACGGAGUCAGCAACCAACAGCUGGCCAAGGAGAGGAAUCGACUCGCAGUCAUGUACGAUGACAAGAGUGUUGCAGAACAAAACUCGAUUGACCUUGCUUUUGAAAUGUUGGCAUCACCAUGCUACUCCGAUUUAGUAUCAUGCAUAUGCGCUGACGAGAUGGAGUACAAGCGACUGAGACAACUUAUUGUCAACUGUGUGAUGGCAACAGAUAUUUUCGAUAAGGAGUUGAAAGAGUUCCGCAACAAUCGAUGGGCCAAGGCAUUCGAUGACAACACCGAGUCAGCAUCCGAUUUGAAGGCAACGAUUGUGAUUGAGCACAUUAUUCAAGCUGCUGACGUUGCCCACACGAUGCAGCAUUGGCAUGUCUACCAAAAGUGGAAUGAACGGCUAUUUGCUGAGAUGUGCAAGUCCCACGAGGCAGGCCGGGGCCCUGAAAAAGACCCAGCUUCGGGAUGGUACGAGGGAGAACUAUGGUUCUUUGACAACUAUGUGAUUCCAUUGGCCAGGAAACUAGAUGAGUGUGGUGUGUUUGGGGUUUCUAGUGACGAAUGCCUCAACUACGCGCUCGAAAAUCGCAGAGAAUGGGAAAGCAAGGGCCGAAGCAUUGUGCUAGAAAUGUCCAGCAGAUACAGCAUGACAAUAUCGGAGGGGGAUGAUUGUUGA